AUGCACUCCCUCAUAUCCCCCGAUGCGCGAAUAAAAGUCAGCUCGACGCUCGAUAAAUCGGUCGGCAAAAAGUACUUGACGGACGGAAGUCCCGAGACGUGCUGGACAUCGCAACAGGGAUCGCCACAGUAUAUACAAAUACUCUUUCCAAGUCCGGUCUUGUUGAAGCAAGUUGCGAUCACUUUUCAAGGAGGCUUUGUUGGGACGCGCUGCACGGUCGAUGCACGGACGUCAGAAUCGGGGGACUGGUCAAAUUUGACCGCCGUUUAUCCUGAAGACGUGAACAGAAAACAAGUCUUCGAUGUGGUGUCUCCUGAUCCUGUACAGGGCCUGAAGCUUACUUUCGAGGAGAGCUCUGACUUCUUUGGACGGAUCACCAUAUAUGACCUCGAUGUUCAGGGUGACGAUCCGUAG